AUGGCAACCAACGUCGGCAGCUCUCGCGGCAGCUCUCGCGGCAGAACGAGCUUCCUCGACUUACCUGGAGAGUUGCGAAACAAGAUCUACGAUUACUUCCUCAACCUUAAGCCAUCAAUCACCAAAGCUGCCAAUCUAGCCUGCGUUACUCAUAUAGUACACGCCGAGUUCACAACGCUAUUUAUACGACGGUGGCAGUGCAAGAGCGAGACAUUUCAUUUCGAGAGUAUCCACGAAGUGCUCCACUCGUUCUUCGUUCAGUACCCCAACUCGGCUCCCAAGAACGUUCGCUACGUGUUCUGUGUGGGAAUUGAAGCCGGCACCAUUUACCCUGUAGGCCCUGAAGACGAUAACCCCGUCUGUACACUGGACCUGCUCAAAGUUGUUUCUGUUCUGCGUCUAUAUCCGUUGAUCCAUAUCCAUUGGGAUUUGGUCAAUCGUAACAAGGACGCAGUACUUGAAGAUGGAGAGGUUGCCUACGCCGUGUAUGCCUUGGAGGAGAUGAGUGACCAUCAACUGGAAAAGUUGGAUUCCGCAAAGCUCGACCUGUGGUACAACUUCUCCUACGCUUGGGGAAGGCAUGAAGUACAUGCCAAUCUGGAUCUCAGGUUCAAGAAGGGUGCUACCAAAAAAGACGUCAAAACCAUCAGCGCUUCACAAAUUCGUACCGAACACCAAGGGAUCAUAGUGGGGAUUGAGUGGGAGAGAAAUUCUUGGGGCAAGGAUGUCUGCGGAGGGUUUCCUAAAGACCUGUCUUCAAGCAGUGAGGAGGACGACUCCGAUAGUGGCGAAGAGAACUCGGACAGCGGCGAAGACAACUCGGACAGCGGCGGAGUUGAUCCCGAGAGCGAAGACCAGAUCUUGUGCCUGUAA